AUGGAUAUGGUCCAAAAAAGAUUAGCAGAUGAAAAGAAUUCUGGUGGGUAUGGCAGGGGAAAAGUAUUGGAUAGAGUUAGGAAAUCGGUUGCUGAGAUUGAAAACAACAUUGUUGGGGAUGGGGUGGAGGCACAGGCAGUUGGUGAUAAAGCUAAAAUGAGUGAUGUAGAGAAGAUAUCUAUGGGAAUGAAGAAACUAACUGCAGCCAUAGUUGAAUUUGGGGAAGUAAUGACUGAAGUUGGGAGCAAAAACACCGGACAAGAAAUUAUAAAGAAGACUUUUAGCAAGAUGUCUGAUAUGCUGAACAUUGCUUCAACUUCCCAGCCUGACAAGACUUCGACAUUAUUGGACGAUGAUCCAAUCUUCAGCAGCGAGAGCUUUCUUGCAGCAGUUGCAUCAUUGGAAAAGGCAGCAAUGGAAGCAUUGGAAAAGGCCACCACAAUCACCGAAGAACCUGUUGAUCCUGAAACAUUUUCACCACCACGCUUCAAUUUGUUAACACCUACCCCCCCGGAUAUUCAAAAACCAAACGAAACAACUACUACACUCCCUGGUGAGGAAAGAAGCACAGAAAAGGAACAAACAUUGUUUGACAUUGCACUUGAGGAAUCAGAGAGGGAGAAUGUCCAACAUGGGGAGAGAGAGAAAAGAAAAUUGAAAAAUGUUCCAUUGCGAUUGAGGUCUCCAUAUUGGACGAAAAACAAUGAAAAGCUCUCCUUUGUCUCUGCGAAAGAGAAGAUGCUGUCUGAUUUUGCAUUCAUGGAACCGUCUAUUCAACAUCCAAUAGAUGAAACACUGUUUAGGUAUAAAAGGUACCACAUUGCAAGGGACCAGUUCUUGACUCUACGGGACGGUGAAGUAGAGAAGACCAUUAUAGAUGUUUGGAGCUUAAGAAUGAAUUCUGAAAAUAUCACUCGUGGAAUGGGUGAACCAAAAUGCAUCUACUUCACCACCAAUCCUUUUAUGGAAAUUGAUGAUGCUACUGAAUGGAAAAUAGAAUUCUCUGCAGAGGAAAAACAAAGACGGUUCAAUGGAUCUUUGGAUUAUGAGAUUAAAUUGGCCUCUAACAUUGACAUCUCUGAUGCUGAACUGGUUUUCUUCCCUGUUAUACGCUAUCAUCACUAUUUCAUCAUGUGCUUGAACUUCAAGAAAAGGGUUGUCCAAGUAGUUGACAAUAGAACACUGGGCAAGAAUACCAACUUUCUACAAAGAUAUGAUAAUUGUGAUCAAAACCUAGUUAAUGCAUUCAAAGAGUAUUGCAAAUUUAAAAGGAUCACAACUUUGUUAAACAAAAUGACAAAGCAUGAUGAUGAAGAUGAUGUGUUUAACCAUGAAUUGGUGAAGAUGUCUUGGAAAAAUGCCACUAAUGUUACUGAUUGUGGAGUUUAUUGCAUGCGUCAUAUGCAGACCUUUAAGGGUAAUGGACCGAAUUGGGAAUCUGGAUUUAACAGAACACCUGCAAAUGCAAUAUUCUUGACAUCUUUGAGGGCAAAAUAUGCUGCCGACAUAUUAUUUUUACCAAUGAAUGAGCACAAACAAUCCAUACUACAAGCAGCCCAGAUCGGGAGAAUUAAAAAGGGGAUUUUGAACAAGUAUAAUGUUCUUGUUGAGUAA